CGGGCGGGGCCGGGCCCAACGUCGCGGGCGCGAGGCGGGCGCCCGGUGGGGCCCAUGGAGCCGGCGCGGCAGGCGGGCGGCGGGGACCCCCCGGAGCCGGGCGGGCCAGGCGGACCGGGCGGGUCGGGCCCGCGGGCCUGGGUGCCGCAGAAGGAGAUCGUGUACAACCGGCUGCUGCCCUACGCCGCGCGCCUGGACGCCGAGGCCGAGGUGCAGCUGGCCCUGAUCAAGAGCAACCUGGGCCGCGCCGUGCGGCUGCAGGAGCUCUGGCCCGGGGGCCUCUUCUGGACCCGGAAACUGGCCACAUAUAUUCGACUUUAUGGGAGAAAAUUUAGCAAAGAAGAUCAUGUUCUUUUUAUCAAGUUAUUGUAUGAGCUGGUAUCAAUUCCAAAACUAGAAAUCAGCAUGAUGCAGGGAUUCGCUCGUCUCUUGAUUAAUUUGUUAAAAAAAAAGGAACUUCUUUCAAGAGAUGAUUUGGAGUUACCGUGGAGACCACUUUAUGACAUGGUGGAAAGAAUAUUAUAUUCCAAGACAGAGCAUCUGGGAUUAAAUUGGUUUCCGAAAAAUCAAACCAAGGGCCUCAGACAAACAAGUUCUGUAGAAAAUGUCCUCAAAACACUCGUGAAAAGCUGCCGACCGUAUUUCCCAGCAGAAGCGACGGCCGAGAUGCUGGAGGAGUGGCGGCCUUUACUGUGCCCUUUUGAUGUCACGAUGCAGAAGGCCAUCACUUACUUUGAAAUAUUUCUUCCUACCUCCCUUCCUCCACACCUCCAUAGUAAAGGUUUUAAACUUUGGUUCGAUGAGCUCAUGGGCCUGUGGGUCUCCGUGCAGAAUCUCCCACAGUGGGAAGGGCAACUAGUAAAUCUCUUUGCUCGUUUGGCUACAGAUAAUAUAGGGUACAUUGACUGGGAUCCAUAUGUACCAAAGAUAUUUACAAGAAUUCUGAGAAGCUUGAACCUCCCAGUGGGAAGCAGUCAAGUGUUAGUUCCAAGAUUUUUAACAAAUGCCUAUGACAUAGGACAUGCUGUAAUAUGGAUCACCGCCAUGAUGGGUGGACCAAGUAAGCUGGUACAGAAACACUUAACUGGUUUGUUUAACAGUAUCACAUCUUUUUAUCAUCCUUCAAAUAAUGGGCGUUGGCUGAACAAGCUAAUGAAACUCCUCCAGCGGUUGCCGAACAGCGUAGUUCGAAGGUUGCAUCGUGAGCGGUACAAGAAGCCUUCGUGGCUCACCCCUGUCCCUGACAGCCACAAGCUCACCGACCAGGACGUCACCGACUUCGUACAGUGCAUCAUUCAGCCCGUCCUCCUGGCAAUGUUCAGCAAAACUGGUAGUUUAGAAGCAGCCCAGGCUUUGCAGAACCUGGCGCUCAUGAGACCGGAGUUAGUGAUACCCCCUGUUCUGGAAAGGACGUACCCCGCACUAGAGACCCUAACGGAGCCUCACCAGCUCACAGCGACGCUGAGCUGUGUGAUUGGGGUUGCCCGCAGCCUGGUGUCGGGGGGGAAGUGGUUCCCCGAGGGGCCCACGCACAUGCUGCCGCUCCUGAUGAGGGCGCUGCCCGGGGUGGACCCCAACGACUUCAGCAAAUGCAUGAUCACAUUCCAGUUUAUAGCAACAUUUUCCACUCUGGUGCCUUUAGUAGACUGCUCAUCUGUACUGCAAGAAAGAAGUGAUCUCACGGAAGUGGAGCGAGAGCUUUGUUCAGCCACAGCUGAAUUUGAAGAUUUUGUCCUACAGUUUAUGGACAGAUGCUUUGGACUUAUAGAAAGUAGCACAUUGGAGCAGACAAGAGAAGAGACAGAGACGGAGAAAAUGACUCACCUAGAGAGUCUGGUGGAGUUAGGUCUGUCUUCUACGUUUAGUACAAUCCUCACGCAGUGUUCCAAAGAAAUAUUUAUGGUGGCCCUUCAGAAGGUCUUCAAUUUCUCUGUUUCCCAUAUAUUUGAGACCAGAGUGGCAGGCCGCAUGGUGGCGGAUAUGUGCCGUGCCGCUGUGAAGUGCUGCCCAGAGGAAUCUUUGAAGCUCUUUGUUCCCCACUGCUGCAGUGUUAUAACUCAGCUGACAACGAAUGAUGAUGUAUUAAAUGAAGAAGAGUUAGAUAAGGAGUUACUAUGGAAUCUUCAACUUUUAUCUGAGAUCAGCCGCGUGGACGGGAAGAAGCUGCUGCUGUACAAGGAGCAGCUGGUGCGGAUCCUGCAGCGGACGCUGCACCUGACCUGCAAGCAGGGCUACUCCCUCUCCUGCAACCUGCUGCACCACCUGCUGCGCUCCACCACGCUCAUCUACCCCACCGAGUACUGCAGCGUGCCCGGCGGCUUUGACCGGCCCCCGUCUGAGUACUUUCCCAUCAAGGACUGGGGGAAGCCCGGGGACCUGUGGAACCUGGGGAUCCAAUGGCACGUCCCUUCUGCUGAGGAAGUCGCCUUCGCCUUCUACCUGUUGGACUCCUUCCUGCAGCCUGAGCUUAUUAAACUCCAGCGUUGCGCGGAAGGAGAGCUGGAAAUGUCCCGAGAUGAUGUUCUGCAGAGUCUGACGAUAGUACACAACUGUCUGAUCGGCUCGGGGAACCUCCUGCCUCCAUUGAAAGGAGAGGCAGUUGCUAACUUGGUGCCAAGUAUGGUGUCCUUGCAAGAGACAAAGUUGUAUACUGGACUUGAAUAUGAUCUAUCCAGAGAGAACCACCGAGAAUCAAUUGCUAGGGUCAUAAGAACACUUCUCAACCACAUCCUGGAUAAUUCAGAAGAUGACACCAAGUCCUUGUUUCUCAUCAUAAAGAUCAUUGGAGACCUUUUGCAGUUCCAAGGAUCACACAAACAUGAAUUCGACUCCCGGUGGAAAAGUUUUAAUUUAGUAAAGAAAUCCAUGGAAAAUCGGCUUCAUGGGAAAAAACAACAUAUCAGAGCACUGUUGAUUGACAGGGUAAUGUUGCAACAUGAGCUACGAACCCUUACUAUUGAAGGCUGUGAAUAUAAAAAGGUCCAUCAGGAUCUGAUCCGAGAUCUCCUGCGGUUAUCGACGAGUUCAUACAGUCAGGUCAGAAAUAAGGCUCAGCAGGUAUUUUUUGCUGCCUUGGGAGCAUAUAACUUCUGCUGCAGAGAUAUUAUCCCCUUGGUUUUGGAGUUCCUGCGGCCUGACAGACAAGAUGUCACACAGCAGCAAUUCAAGGGUGCCCUGUACUGUCUCCUCGGGAACCACAGUGCCGUGUGCCUGGCCAACCUCCACGACUGGGACUGCAUCGUGCAGACGUGGCCGGCCAUCGUGUCCUCGGGGUUGAGCAAAGCCAUGUCCCUGGAGAAGCCGUCGAUCGUGAGACUGUUUGAUGACCUGGCAGAGAAGAUUCACCGGCAGUAUGAAACAAUUGGCCUGGACUUCACCAUUCCCAAAUCGUGUAUUGGAAUAGCAGAACUACUCCAACAAUCAAAAUACCCCUCUAUCAAUCAGAUAACUCUUAGCCCAGAAGAAAUUAAAGAAGGACUUAGACGCCAACAAGGAAAAAAUGCUGAUGCCCUAAGAAACUAUGAAAAGUUGGUAAACGCUUUGCUGGAUGGUGUGGAGCAGAGAAAUUUGCCUUGGAAGUUCGAGCACAUUGGCAUUGGGCUGCUGACCCUGCUCCUGCGAGAUGACCGUGUCCUGCCGCUGCGUGCCAUCCAGUUUUUCGUUGAGAAUCUCAAUCAUGAUGCCAUCGUAGUUCGGAAGAUGGCCAUCUCAGCUGUGGCCGGCAUUCUCAAGCAACUGAAAAGAACUCACAAGAAGCUGACCAUCUGCCCCUAUGAAAUCAGUGGACAUCCUAAACCCACUCAGAUCCUUGCUGGGGACAGACCUGAUAAUCACUGGUUGCAUUAUGACAGCAAAAAUAUCCCAAGGACUAAAAAGGAAUGGGAGUCGAGUUGCUUUGUGGAGAAAACACACUGGGGAUACUACACCUGGCCGCAGAAUAUGGUUGUUUACGCGGGCGUGGAGGAGCAGCCCAAGCUUGGCAGGAGCAGGGAGGACUUGACUGAGGCAGAACAGAUUAUAUUUGAUCAUUUUUCUGAUCCAAAAUUUGUUGAACAGUUAAUUACUUUUCUAUCUUUAGAAGACAGAAAAGGAAAAGAUAAAUUUAAUCCUCGACGUUUUUGCCUCUUUAAGGGUCUGUUCAGGAACUUCGAUGACGCCUUCCUGCCAGUUCUGAGGCCUCACAUGGAGCGCCUUGUCGCAGACUCGCAUGAGAGCACCCAGCGCUGUGUGGCGGAGAUCAUAGCUGGCCUCAUCCGGGGCUCCAAGCACUGGACCUUUGAGAAGGUGGAGAAGCUCUGGGAGCUGCUGUGCCCGCUGCUGAGGACCGCGCUGUCCAACAUCACCGUGGAGACCUACAAUGACUGGGGUACUUGCAUCGCCACAUCGUGCGAAAGCAGAGAUCCCCGAAAACUUCAUUGGCUUUUUGAGCUGCUGUUGGAAUCGCCGUUGAGUGGCGAGGGAGGCUCGUUCGUAGACGCCUGCCGGCUGUACGUGCUGCAGGGGGGCCUGGCGCAGCAGGAGUGGAGAGUGCCCGAGCUGCUGCACCGGCUGCUCAGCUACCUGGAGCCCAGGCUCACCCAGGUGUACAAGAACGUCAGGGAGCGGAUCGGGAGCGUGCUGACCUACAUAUUCAUGAUCGAUGUUUCCUUGCCAAAUACUGCGCCCACGUCAUCCCCUCGUGUCCCUGAGUUUACUGCUCGGAUUCUAGAGAAACUGAAACCCCUCAUGGAUGUGGAUGAAGAAAUUCAGAACCAUGUUAUGGAAGAAAAUGGGGUUGGUGAAGAAGAUGAACGAACUCAGGGCAUAAAACUCUUAAAAACUAUAUUGAAAUGGCUGAUGGCGAGUGCGGGAAGGUCCUUCUCCACGGCGGUGGCCGAGCAGCUGCACCUUCUCCCUCUGUUUUUCAAGAUUGCCCCAGUAGAAAAUGACAAUAGCUACGAUGAACUGAAAAGAGAUGCAAAGUUAUGUCUGUCACUAAUGUCUCAGGGGUUACUCUACCCUCAUCAAGUGCCUUUGGUACUUCAGGUGCUAAAACAAACCGCGAGCAGCAGUUCUUGGCAUGCCAGGUACACAGUGCUGACCUACCUCCAGACCAUGGUGUUUUAUAACCUCUUUAUUUUCCUGAACAACGAAGAUGCGGUCCGGGACAUCAGGUGGCUGGUGUUAGGCCUUCUGGAGGAUGAGCAGCUCGAGGUCCGAGAGAUGGCCGCGACCACCCUGAGCGGCUUCCUGCAGUGUAACUUCCUCACCAUGGACAGUCCUCUGCAGGUUCACUUUGAGCAACUUUGCAAAACAAAACUACCCAAGAAGAGGAAGCGAGACCCUGGCUUCGUGGGCGAUACAAUUCCUUGUGCAGAGUUGGUCAAACGGCACGCGGGGGUGCUGGGCCUUGGGGCUUGUAUCCUGUCCAGCCCUUACGACGUCCCCACCUGGAUGCCGCAGCUGCUCAUGAACCUCAGCGCACACCUGAAUGACCCUCAGCCAAUUGAGAUGACUGUAAAAAAGACCUUGUCCAAUUUCCGAAGGACGCACCAUGACAACUGGCAGGAACAUAAACAGCAGUUCACGGACGACCAGCUGCUCGUCCUCACCGACCUCCUCGUGUCACCGUGCUACUAUGCCUAGGGAGAAGUAGUCCGCACUUGAAGCUCUUUCCAUCAAGAACCCCAGCGCCUCAGGUCCCAUCUGGCGGCUCCGCAGCUUUCCCAGCCCUGCCUCCGUGAGCCCCGUCGUGGUGGUGGUUUCUGCAUCUGGUCUCACUGGUCUGCGUCCCCUAGGUGCACAGCGGCCAUUCGAUUUCUUCUUCCUAACUUGUUCGGAAGCGUUUCCGGAAUAUUGAUCAAAGCCACAAUGUCCCAGACGAGAAAUAAUUACCCAAUCUGAUCAUGGCAUCCAAGACCAGACGGAGUCCAGGAACUCAUUAGAAACAGUUUCCUCGGGACGGAGCCUGUGCAUCUGUCAAACAGGUCCUGGCAUUUCACUCAUCUCAAAUUAGUUUGAAAUUUUUUUUUUUCCAAACGGCUGUUGGUUGUAGCUAGUAGUAUCGCUGUGGGCCUGAGAGCCUUGGCCGUGGACAGCCGCCACGCGGGAAGGACGAGGCGUCACUCAGACCUGACCCGGACCUGGUGGGUCGCUUGACCAAGACAGAAGUGAGUCUGUGUCCCUGUGGUUCCCACAGACUGGAGUUUUUGGUGCUGAAUAGAAAGAAGAGCAAUUGCUUAAAAAUCGGGGGUUUGGUGAAUAAAUUUUUGAUUGAUUGUUGUACGUGUAUACAAUGCGUGAUUUUAAAAAUAAACAGCAACAACAAUAAAAGCCCUGACUGGUUGAUUUUUACCUGUAUCCUUUACAAAUAUUGUUUGACCCUCUUUGAAAACUGUUAUAUUUCACCUAAUGAAAAACUUGUGUUUGUGGAAAUUCUGUGAUUUUUUUUUCUUUUAUUUUUUUCCCCCUUUGUCUUUGUUUGGGUUUUUUGUUUUGUUUUAGGUGUUUUUGGUUUUGUUGAUUUUUUUUUUCUGCUUGCGGAAUUGGUGAGAGGCUAAUAAGGCUUAAUAUUUAAUUGACUUGUUUAUUAUAUAGAUGUAAAAGACUGUAUAAACUGUAGCAAUAGCACUGACAUGACUUUGUACAGAUGCGAUCUUUUACACAACACCAUUGUGUAAUUAAUUUGUAAAGAUUGACAUGUAGCUCUUACAGUGAAUUUUGGCUCUUGUGCCAAUUGAAUGCCAAUUUUUGUGUGUAUUUUUAAGUUAUUUUCUUUUAUCAUUUCAUGUUACAAAAGCAGAUGGAUUUUUUUUAAGUUCAUUUAUCAUUAGACUGUCUGAAUUUUAUGUAAUUUCUUGUGCAUCUCUUAAAUGCGAAGACCACAUUUUUGCCCAUGACACACGUAUAGAAUGCAAAGCACCCUCUAGGUUGAAGUGAUUCACAACUUGGUGAAUGUCGCCCUCCAACACACCCUGUACAGUCUUCCUUAAAGGAACACUAAAUCUAUUUUUAGUAUCUCCUUGUUGAAUGACCCAGUACCUAGCUGAGCCUGCCGAGUUCUGGUACAGUAUUCCCACGUCGCAUCCAUGACAUAGUCCCUGUAUAGAGUAGUGCCAAACUGACUCUUUCAAUGGUGUAACUAGUUUGAAGCCCAAUAAAUGAAUUGUUUUUAA